CAGUAACAGCAACUGGUUCAUCGAGGAGAAGUGUGUCAGGCUUUUUGGGUGCAUGUGCACAUUUACAUUGCCUUACAACAUGUGCAGAAUUUGGAGUAUAGCAGUACUGCUCUGUGUCAAAUUGGUGGACACUGCGAAUGGUAAUACUGGACUUAUGCUGGACAGAGGUGCAGCGGCUUCAUCUUGCUAUGGAGGUUUUGACCUUUAUUUUGUACUAGACAAAUCUGGAAGUGUGCAGCAUCACUGGAAUGAAAUCUAUAACUUUGUGGAACAUCUGGCCUAUAAGUUUAUAAGCCCUCAGUUGCGAAUGUCCUUCAUUGUAUUCUCUGAUCAGGGCAAUAUUCUAAUGCAGCUCACAGAGGACAGGGACUUAAUUCGUAUAGGUCUGGAGGAACUCCACAAAGUGCGUCCAGGUGGAGAUACUUUCAUGCACGAGGGUAUUCAGAGGGCAAGUGAACAGAUUUACUACGGUAACACCGAGGGAUACCGCACAGCCAGUGUUAUCAUUGCCCUCACAGAUGGUGAACUGCAUGAAGAUCUCUUCUAUUAUGCUGAAAGAGAGGCCAAUCGUUCCCGCAGUCUGGGUGCCUCUGUGUACUGUGUGGGGGUCAAGGACUUCAAUGAGACUCAGCUGGCCAAAAUUGCUGACAGCAAAGAUCAUGUCUUCCCAGUAAAUGAUGGCUUCGAAGCUCUCCAAGGAGUCAUUGAUUCGAUCUUGAAAAAAUCAUGCAUUGAGAUCCUUGCAGCAGAACCUUCCAGUAUCUGUGCUGGAGAGGCAUUCCAAGUCGUUGUGAGAGGAAAUGGAUUCCUUCAUGCUAGAAACGUGGACAAGGUUCUUUGCAGCUUCAGAAUUAAUGACACCCUUACCAGAAUGGUGAAGCCAUUAAUAGUAGAGGACACGUACCUGCUAUGUCCAGCUCCUGUUCUUCGAGAAGAGGGGACGGCUGCCUCUCUCUACGUCAGCAUGAAUGAAGGCCUGAGUUUUAUCUCUAGUUCUGUAACCAUCACCACUGUAAGCUGUUCUGAUGGUACAAUCCUGGCCAUAGCACUACUAAUAGUGUUGUUACUACUGAUUCUGGCCCUCCUGUGGUGGUUUUGGCCUCUCUGCUGCACUGUGAUUAUCCAUGAACCUCCACCUCCAAUAGUGGAAGACAGUACGGAUGAUGAAGAAGAUGGAGCCCCAAAAAAGAAGUGGCCUACAGUCGAUGCCUCCUACUAUGGGGGUAGAGGAGUCGGGGGCAUUAAAAGAAUGGAGGUGCGCUGGGGUGAGAAAGGUUCGACUGAGGAGGGUGCUAAACUGGAAAAGGCGAAGAAUGCGAGGGUAAAGAUGCCCGAACAAGAGUUUGAAGAUCUGCCAACUCGAAUCUUGAAUAAUGGCAUGCGGAAACCUCCAGGUCCUCGUAAAUGGUACUCACCAAUUAAGGGGAAACUGGAUGCAUUGUGGGUACUUCUGAAGAAAGGCUACGACAGAGUGUCCAUCAUGCGACCACAACCAGGAGACAAGGGUCGCUGUAUGAACUUCACUCGCAUCAAGUCCAGUCAUCUUCCCCAGUAUCCAUCCUACAACCACUCUUCACCCAUCUACACCCCACAACGAACCCACAACCCACCCCCUCCUCAGGGCCAGCUGCCCCCUCCACCUCGCAGUCCACCAGCCUCCCUCUCCUCCAGUUUACCUCCCCUGCCUUCCACCCCACCUCCCCAUGCUAUCACUCCAUCCCCACCCAAUACCCCUCCACCAUCCUAUUCUCCACCCCCUGUCUGGGCUUCAUCUACUAACAACUUCUUCUGUUCUCCACCCACAUCUCCGCCCUCUUAUCCACCAUCGCCUACUUCCUCCUUGCCUCCACCCCCUCAAGCCCUCCCUCCGCCUCCAGACCGGCCACCUCCACGUCCCUCUCUGUAAUGUGGUGAUUCUGAGUGGACUUUUGAGAGACACUUUUGGAAACAAGGGCAUUUGCUUCCUUGCAAGGACAAUGAAAUGGACCAUGAAAUGGCAUACAAACCACCACUCAACUCUUAAACUACAGGCAGCAAAACUCUGAAUCACAAACCACAGGCAUUGCAAUACACUUAACUCUAAAGAUACAGUAAAUCUGUGUAAAAAUUUAAAUGGUGGGCGCCAUUUGCUUGUUUGUGAAAUGAACUAAGCUUGGAGAUCAAUAGUGGUUGGUUCCAUCAUUGGAUCCAUGGAUGUGUCAGAAUUGUAUGCACAUGCGGCCAUCUUUAAAAGGAGUAUUUUGUGAUAGUGGAAUGCUGAAACAACACUUUCAGGAGUGCUGUUGUGCUGAACAUGUGUCCUGUGGAAUAUAGGAAAUACAGGUACACUAUAUGGCCAAACGUAUGUGGACACCUAAACACCACCCAUAACCACUGACAUUAAUAGGGAUUGGUCAACCCUAACAACUUCCACUCUUCUGGGAAGGCUUUCCAUUAUAUGUUGGAACAUGGCUGUGGGGUUUUCAGACACAAGAGCCUGUCCAGGCAGUUCAUUCAAUUCAUCCCAAAGUUGUUCAGUGCUUUCAGGUCUGGGCUUUGUGCCAGUCAAGCAUCUCUAGUAAGACUCAGUAAAGCAUUUGUUUAGAUGGGCCUUGCUUUGUGUACAGGGGCAUUAUCCUGCUGGAACAGAAAAGAGCACACCCACAUUAUUGCCACAAUGCCAUUGUAUGGCGAAGCAUUAAGAUUGGUUUUUACUGGAAUUACUGGAAUAGCCAAACCUGUUAAUUAGAAGAGGUUGUCAUGUCCACAUAGGUUACAUUUGGCCAUUUAGUGUCUGUGCACAUUUUUGAUUAGUAUAGAUUGAAGGGAUGAAGUAGAAUUGACCAUUGCUAUGUUUCUAUUCUUAGUUGUGAAUUGAAUUUAUGCAAAACAUUGGAAAAACUAUUUGUGAACAAAGCAGCAUUUCCAUCCCAUAUGUUUAAAAGAACAAAAUCGACACCUCUAGGUAAUUUGUCAAAUCAAGUGAAGUCAUUUUUAUUUUUAUAGCACUUUUUAAAAUACACACUGUUUAAAAAUAAUUUUACAGAAAAUCAUGCUGUAAUGUUUGUAAUGUCUUAAAAGGUUAGUUCACCCAAAUUUUACUCUUUACCCUCAUGCCAUCCCAGAUGUGUAUGACUUACUUUCUUCUGCUGAACACAAACAAAGGUUUUUAGAAGAAUGUUUCAGCUCUGUAUGUCCUCACAAUGAUACUAAGAUUUUGAAGGUCCAAAAAGCACAUAAAGGCAGGAUAAAAGUAUUUUAUAAGACUCCAGUGGUUAAAUAUAUAUCUUCAGAAGCAAUAUGAUAAAUGUGAGAUACAGAUCAAUAUUUAAGUCCUUUUUUUACUAUAAAUUCUCCUAUCUGCCCAGUAGGUGGCGAUAUGCAUGAAGAAUUUUGCCAAAAGCAGAAGAAUGUGAAAGUGAAAGUAAGAUUGAUAAAAUAAUGACUUAAAUAUUGAUCUGUUUCUCAACCACACCCAUCAUAUUGCUUCUGAAGAUUUAAAUGUAACCACUGGAGUCAUGUGGAUUACUUUUAUGCGGCCUUUAUAUGCUUUUGUAGUUUCAAAGUUUUAAAAAAAAAUCUUUGUUUGUGUUCUGCAGAAGAAAGAAAGUGAAAAUUAAGGAAUUUUAUUUUUUUGGAUAACUAUUCCUUUAAUUGUUUUUAAGUCCUCACUGAACAGUUUUAUUGGAAUAUGUCAUUAAAAAUAAUGCAUUAAAAAUGAUUUUUCUCUAGGCCCCCAGUGAGCAAGCCUAAGGUGACUGUUGCAAGGAACCCAAAACUCCAUAAGAUGUUAGUUAGUUGAGAAAAAACCUUAGGAGAAACCAGGCUCAGCUGGGGGAGCAAUUUCCCCUCUGGCUAUACAGCUUGAUAAUCCCAAUAUUAGUUAUCUUUGUGCUAAACAAGUCAUGUAUUAAUUAACCUGUUGAUAUGCAAUUCCCCCGCACGCGGUGGUGACGUCACUCUGCUUACAUUUAAUAUAUAAUUUACCAUCUAUAAAUGUAAUUAAUGUUAACAAAUUAUACAUCUUUUCAAAGGUCUAAGGGUUCAACAUUGAUAUCCGAUCUCUGUUUCACGAUAGCAAUGCUCCAGAAACAGCAAUUUAGUUAUUUGUGCCAGGAGUACAAAUGAAAACAAACAAAAUGAGCGUGUCUCCAAAGUCUAUUUUUAAAAAUGCGGCAUAGUUUUAUUCAUAAUAGUCAAGCAGUGCCGUCAGAUUUUGUGUCGUCUUGAAAGGCGGAGCCUUAAUUGUACUCUGUACACUUCCAGCGAUUUUACAGAGAAUAAAGCUUGCAGGAACCUCAUUUUAUGUUAGAUCAUCUUCAAAUUUGAAACAUAACUUCUUUGGACUUGUGGCUCUGAGAACAUUGUAUUUCUGGGUUGUCUUGGCACUUUUAUUAUUGUAUUUUUUAGAUUAUAAAACAUGUUCCGCACAAAAUAUUUCCAUUACUAUAAACUUCAUAGUUCUCUAAUUUUAAAAAAUAACAACAUAUAUUAAUUCUGAAACUUGAGAAAUAAAGCCCAAAUUUCUUUCAAAAGAUGUGUUCAUACUCCAAAGGCUCCAGUAAAUACAACCAUUUAAGUUCAGGUAUGUCAUUUCCAUGGUUUGUGCUCAAAAAGGGGCUGCGUAUCAACAGGUUAAGUAAACUGAGUAGAUAUUUGAUGGGAAAUGUGUAAAACUACAGUAUUUUGAUUGAUCUUGCUCUCGCAUUCAAGAAAAUACUGAAAAUGCAGAAAUGAACAAGCUUGGCAAAACAAAUGUUUUUUUAUUUUUUUGGUGAAAAGCAAUAUAUUGCUAUAAGGCAAACAGCUUUUGGUGUUUCAGGUAAUUGUCAUUUUAUUUGUGCAAUAUUGAUUUUAGUGGCUUUGAUUUUGGGUGGCAUGAUAAUUUUUGGUCUUUGAAUGUCAUAAAAAAGGAUCAGCUGAUAAUUAAGAUGAUAAUAAGAUGAUAACAGCUUGUCCAAUGCUUCAGUUUUAUUUGAACAGCAUUCCGUUCUAAUAAAACCGGCCUGAUCUCAUAAAAAUUUUCAAAAUGCUAUUAUGUGGUGCGUUACACAUAUUCUCUCAGAGAACUCGAUAGUAUGGAAUAACAUGAGUUAGAGAUCAGGAUUGUCACUCGAACAUCAGAGCUUACUCCUACAGCAGGACGGGACCUAAACUGGUGGAGUUGGGGUGGAGGUGGGUGAAAGCAACAAUGAGACACAGCUGUAGUACCUUAUAAGGCAUAGGCUAGACCAUGAUUGGGUGAGAUGUCUGAAUAAUAUGAAUGAAUGACGUAAUGCAAAUGCUUACUAUGAGUCCUCUGCGAGAAUUAUCAUCUACGCUUCCAUUUCCGAGGUGAAAUGUCCACUGUGUGGCGCUAAAAUAGAUUUAAAUGUCCUCCCAAACAGAUAGCUUUUUAAGGAUAAUGCUCUAUAAACUAUUAAAUCAACCAAACCAAUGACUCUACACUAAACCUUUAACCUUAAACUGAUAGUGUCAUAAAUAGCAAAUGUGACAUGAAAAAAGCAAUUGCUGAAGCAACCACGUCCUUUCAUGGUGCUUCAAUGACACUUUCGGCUCAAGUGUCGACCCAUGUGCUGUACAGGACUUGAUGUCUCAAAUUUGUAAUAUCUGAUUUAGUGUAAGAGUCUUAAAUAUUCCUUGUUAAUUCUAUGUCAUAACCUGUCUUUGUUUGAAAUUAAUCAAAAUCCGAAAUCUUUGUUAAUUCGCCAAUUCAUAUAAGAGAAUCCCAGAUUUUAAAUGGUGGUCUCAGUAUCAUCAACAUACAGUGGGGUUCAAAAAACUAAGAGACCAGCCAAACUAGAAUAAAGUGAACCUAAGCAACAUCACCUUACUUUGCACAUAUCACAUUUGUAAUGGUGUAUGGGUGCAUAAUUAAACGAUUUUGUACAAAUAAUUAUAACCGUACACAUGUUGUAUGUAUAUGUCUAUGUAUGUAUCCUUUUGUUUAGCUUCCUUUUGAUAUACGUUUUUUUUUUUUUUUAUGUUUUAAUGUUAUCAUGGAUUUAUUGAGUUUUUAAAUAAUGUAGAAGCAAGAGAUGACAAACAAAUAUGCAUUCCCAGAAAUAACCUCUGCAUUUUAUCCUCUAUUAAUAACUACAGCAGAAGAUUACUAGUAUCUUUACCCGUUAGACAACCCAAAGUCCAAUGCAUUUAAUAUACAGUAUGUGUUUGUUAUUGUUCAUAGAUUACAUGUUGUAAAUAUUAUAUGUCAUAAAAUUUCACAGCGGCAGGAUCCACAAUCCUUUGCUUCUAAAGAGCUCUUGUCUUUUUUCAUUGUCCUCUGACUCUUAAGUUAUUGCAGUCCCAUGCCAAUGCCAGCGCUGUUUAUAUGGCUCCAAAGCCUUGUUUUGAUGAUGGUUUCAUGGAUUAUUUACACCAAAGAAAUCAUAUACAUUAAGCUUUUAAAAGGAAUCAUGUAAAUGUAUCAUUCUCUAAAUUACUCUGAUCGUGGCAACAUCAUUUUCACUUUUUCUCAAUUGUUCUUUUGUUUUGAAAUAAAGUGAUGUCAUAAA